AUGAGUGGGCGCCUGGACGUUCAGUUUCUUAGUGUAAACCACAACAAAUACAUUCCGUUUUCCCAAGAUCCCAACAAGGCUGCAAAAAGAACAGCAGCCAUUCUGGAAGCGUCUCCGGCCGAUCCCAGAACCGCCAAGGGUUCCCAGGCCUUUGAUCUCUCGUCGAUUUCAGCCCAGUUGCCUCCAAACACGGGCCCGCCGGGUCUCGUGCCUGUAAAUGGCACGGGUUCGAGCGCCAACUCCAACAAAAACUUGCGCCAUGUCCCGUGCAAGUUUUAUCGCCAAGGUAUUUGCCAAGCUGGUAAUUCGUGUCCGUUCAGCCAUAAUUUGGAUGGGACGUUGGCCGCUGAUAAAUUACCUUGCAAAUACUUUCAGCGCGGUAACUGCAAAUUUGGGCUCAAGUGUGCUUUGGCUCAUAUAUUGCCUGACGGAACUCGCGUCAACUCCAAAAGUGUCUAUCGCCGCAAUGAAAGAGAAAAGUCCCAGUCUAACGGUAAACUGACAUACAACAAUUACGCGAGUGCUUUCUCCAACGGGAACUAUGCCAACAAUGCAAACUAUGGACACAACACUAACCAAAACUAUGCAAACGGAAACACCCGAACCGCAUCGGAAAUGCCUGGACGGAAAAGCUCUUUCCCUGAAUCUGGAACACUGACUAGUGUCAGUUCUUUUACCGAAUCUUUCAGCUCGAAUGUUUUCAGUGAUUAUCAUUCCGCCAGCUAUUCGAUAUAUCCGGCAGAAGACGAUUCAUCCCUCCCAAUUCGGAUCAGUUCGCAAGGUUCGUUCCUGCUGAAUGGAUUUCCAGCUGUAGGCCAGAACUCUGGUUCUAAUUCAGUACAGAGCCCCUUCGUUUCGUCUUUGAGAACAGGAAAUGGUGCCUUCGGCUCCUAUAACGAAAGACCAUCUCCCUUGAGCCGGAAUCUCAGUCUGAAGUUGCAGAAACAGUCGAUACUUGUGCCGUCCCAGAUGUCACUUUCUUCUCUGGGAUCAAGUGAUUUGACUAUGGGGUUGUCUUUCCACUCUCCACAAACACAAUUCAGUACACCAUAUUCGAAACCUUUCUCUCGCAUUAACACAAGCACAUCACCUCUAAACAGCUUUUUACCAGAAACAACAGAUUCGGCCAUUGCAGACGAGAGCGAAUCUGAGGACGAUAAUGUGUUUUUCGAAGAUUACGUUCCCGCGUCCCUUGGAAACUUGAUAUUAACACCGCAAGAACGCCAGAGACGGAAUUCUAGAUCGCAGUCGGGUACUUUAUUGGUACGGCCGACGGUAGUUCAGGCCGAAAAAACUCACGUGGCCUCAGAAGAUGUUUUCUUAAUGGAUUGA